AUGGACACGCCCAGGACACGCCCAGGACACGCCCAGGACACGGCGGGGGCGGGGCUGGGAGGGCGACAAGCACAAGCGGCCCCCGCGGCCCCCCCGGCCCCGCGGCCAAUAAAGGGACGAACCCGCCCCCGGCUCCGCCUCCGCUGCGACCCCCGGGAAACCCCCGGGAAACCCCACGGGAAACCCCGGAAACCCCCCGGGAAACCCCCGGGAACCCCUGGAACGGAACCGCGAACCCCCGGAACCCAGGAAACCCCCGGAAACCCCACGGGAAACCCCCCGGGAAACCCCGGGAAACCCCCGGGAAACCCCCACGGGAACCCCUGGGAUCCCCGGACCCCCGGGAAACCCCCGGAAACCCCCGGGAAACCCCACGGGAAACCCCCCCGGGAAACCCCCCGGAAACCCCCGGGAAACCCCCCCGGGAAACCCCGGGAAACCCCCGGGAAACCCCGGGAAACCCCCGGAAACCCCCCGGGACCACCGGAACCCCCGGAAACGGCCCUGGAAACCCCCGGACGGCAAACGGACCACGACCCCCCGGAAACCCCCCACCCGGAACCCCCCCGGGAAACCCCCCGGAAACCCCCCGGGCCCCCGGAAACCCCCGGGAAACCCCCACGGGAAACCCCCGGGAAACCCCCCGGGAAACCCCCGGGCCACCGGGACCCCCGGGAAACCCCCGGGAAACCCCGGGAAACCCCGGGAAACCCCCGGGGAACCCCCACGGGAAACCCCCCGGGAAACCCCCACGGGACACCGAACCCCGGGAACCCCCGGGACCCCCACGGGAAACCCCCCGGGGCCACCGGGACCCCCAUCCACGGGAUCAAAGGGACCCACCCGGGACCCCCCCGGGACCCCCCGGGACCACCGGGAAAUCCCGGAACCCCCACUGGAAAACCCCGGGAAACCCCCGGGACCCCGAACCGCGCAAUCCCCGCCCCCCCGAUGUCCCCGCCCCCCGGGCCGCCCCUCCCCCCCCGCGCAGCGCCGGGCCCUGACCCCGCCGCCCCCCCCGGGCUAUUUUUAGCUCCGGCGUCAGCACGGGGCGCGGGAGGGGGGGGGAGGGACCCCAAACCGGGAACCGACCCCAAAACCGGAAACGACCCCGAACCGGGAACCGACCCCCAAAAACGGGAACUGACCCCCAAAACCGGGGGAAACGACCCCAAACCGGGAACCGACCCCCAAAAACGGGGGAAACGACCCCAAACCGGGAACCGACCCCAAAACCGGAACCGACCCCGAACCGGGAACCGACCCCAAAACGGGAGAAACGACCCCAAACCGGGAACCGAACCCCCAAAAACGGGAACCGAACCCAAACCGGGGACCGAUCCCAAACCGGGGACCGACCCCAAACCGGGAACCGACCCCCAAAAACGGGAACCGACCCCAAACCGGGAACUGACCCCAAACCGGGAACUGACCCCCAAAAACGGGGGAAACGACCCCAAAAACGGGGGAAACGACCCCAAAACCGGGGGAAACGACCCCAAACCGGGAACCGACCCCAAACCGGGAACCGACCCCCGAAAACGGGAACCGACCCCCCAAAACCGGGAACCGACCCCCAAAAACGGGGGAAACGACCCCAAACCAGCCCCACACCGACCCCCAGAACCGGGAACCGACCCCAAAACCGGAACCGACCCCAAAACCGGGAACUGA